CCGCAUUAUCAUCGAUUGUUUCGGAUAGCCGCGUUGUGAAGGAAACAAUGAUCUCAUGAUGAUGAAAUUAUUAAUUUUUUUAUUUAGUUUUAUAAGUUACUUAGACUUAAGUGCAUCUCAAUAUGUUCAGCCAGGACAGUGCGACCCGAACAUACAGCUAGUGAAUGAUUUCAACGUAACAAAUUUCUUUGGAACUUGGUACGUAUUAAAACGCUUCCAAAAUCCACUACAAAAUGGCGACUGCGCCACACUGGACUUCGUCGCACAAAAUGGAAGCUUAACAGUGUAUAAUAGAGCUGUCGAAAAUAAUUUCCUUAACGAGAUCAAUAACCCAGCGACGUUACAGAAUGGAACCGCGAAAUUCUCUAUUUCCAUCAAUGAAUUUCAACCUUUGGAUUUCUGGAUUCUUCCAACCGCGUUGUAUACAGAUAACAGUCUGGGUUACUCCUGUGCUAAUUUGAAUAGCACACACAAAAACGUUUACAUAUGGCAGCUAGGGAGAUCGACAGCCAUUGGAGAUAUGAUAGAGGCGAACCUAAACCAAACUCUCCUAAGUCUAUUGGGUAUUUCAAUAGAAAGCCUUACGGUUGUGGAUCAUUCAGAAGCCGCUUGCACAGUUCUCCCGGAUAUACUACCCGGGGAACAGGUUAUCCUACCAGGUUCAUGUAAUGAAAACAUGAGAGUCGUGCAAAACUUCUCUGCCUCCGCCUUCACAGGAGUCUGGCACGAAAUAUCCAGUUACGCUUCAGUAAACGAAAUUGGAAGUUGUCGUAAAGCAGAUUACCAGCUGAUGGGUUCAGCAGUAUCAGUAAGAAACAGUGAGGUCGUUAACCAGGCCCUUCGAGUUAUAUCUGGAAAUGCUAGUAUCUCCAGCAGUGAUGGCAGCGCUAAACUUGAAGUCGUUUUAGAAGUAGCCCCUGGAAAUUUCCCAAAGAGCUCUCUGUGGGUGCUAGCUACAGACUACACAAACUAUGCCGUUUCGUACACAUGUGUUAAUCUGCCCGAUAACCGCAGACGAGUUAGUUCCUGGAUUCUGAGUAGAUCGCGCCAGUUGUCCCAAUCAGCGCAGAUUGCCGUCGACGCCGUAAUACGUUCAGAAGUCGAUCUCAACAGUCGUUUCUAUGUCCCAACCAAUCAGUCUGAUGAUGAUUGCUUCUACUAUCCGGAUCCCGUCCCUGGACAACCUGUCGUCUUCCCUGGACAGUGUGAUGAGACCAUUCAAGCCAUACCCAGAUUCAACGCCUCCAGGUACAUGGGUCGGUGGUACAACAUAGAGUCUUACCCUGCAACUUCAAUAAACGGCACCUGCUCUAAAGCACUCUACACGCUCAUGGACAACUACGUACAGGUCAACAACUCACAGGUUGUUAACCAGAGGCUAGACAGCAUAACUGGUAGUGCUGUUAUAAAUAGCACAGAUCUUUCUGGAAAACUUUUGGUUUCUUUUCCCAGGCCUGGCAAUACUCCAAACACAGCAAACUAUUAUGUUCUGGACACCGAUUAUGAUUCUUACGCCGUUGUUUACAGCUGCAGAAAUAAAAACUCAGAGGAAAGAGUUGUUACUGGUUUCAAACUUGGUAGGAACAAGGAAUUAAAUAGUUCCGCACUAGCCGCUAUUGAUAGAGCUAUGAGUCCAAUACCGGUCAUGGACCAGAGAUAUUUUGUUCGUGGGAACCAUUCUGAGGAGAGCUGUUUCUACUACCCCGAACCUCAAGAAGGAGUUCCAGUCGUCUUCCCUGGGCGAUGUGAUGACAAUAUAAACGUCGUACAGAAUUUCAAUUUAACAGAGUUCGCGGGAACCUGGUAUGAGAUUCAGUCAUAUCCUACGAACGAAAAGAGAAGCCAAUGCGUUAAUCACGUCCUGACACAGGUUUCAAACACAGCCUUUAGCGCCGUCAGCUCUUCCGUUAUUGACCAGUUCAAAAAUGUUUUCAAUUCUACCAUAAGUGUUGCUUCAGGCAACAACACCGCUAAAAUGAUUAUGACAAUUCGGUCUGAAAAUAAUGAAGCAAGUGAAAUACCGUUUUGGAUAUUGGAUACCGACUACAGUAAUUACGCUCUAGCUUAUGGAUGCAAAAACAGAGAUGAAGACAGAUUGGUCUAUAGCUGGAAGCUCAGUAGAAGCAGACAACUGUCUCAAAAUAACAUAACAGCAAUCAGUAAUACCAUGUCGAAAGUAAAUGUUUUGGAAGAUAGAUAUUUUGAAACUAAGAGUCAUACGGCUGCAUCGUGUUUCUUCUUGCCCGACAUUCCGAAAGGAGAACCUGUGAUAAUCGACGGUCAAUGCGAUCUAAAUAUACCAGUGGUGCAAAAUUUCACCGCUUCUGCGUACCUCGGCAACUGGCGUCUAAUUGAGAGCUAUGCUAGCAACUUUCAAAAUGGUACCUGCAACAGAGCCAACUAUCUCAGUGCAAACAAUACAAUUGUGGUUAGAAAUUCCCAAGUGAACAAUCAAUCGUUAACCGUCGUAGAGGGAUCCGCUUGGCUUCUCAGCAGUGGGAAACUUGAAGUCGACUUACCCGACACUAACAGAACGAUCGAAUAUUGGGUUUUGGACACCGACUACUCUUCGUAUUCAUUAGUUUACAGCUGUGAAAACUUAGAUGCAACACGAAGAAGAGUAUGGAGUUGGAAGAUGAGUCGAACCAGAGACUUAUCACCGAAUGCUAUUCAGAAUAUUAAUCGCAUUGUUGACAGCAUAGAUGUUCUCAAUAAUCGUUACUACGAAGUAUUGGAUCAUUCUGACGACGGAUGCUUUUAUUUGCCAACACCUGAUCAAAAUUCGCAAGUCAUAUUCCCUGGCCAAUGUGAUCCUAAUAUAAAUGUUGUAACCAGUUUUGAUGCUGUUGGGUACAUGAAUCUUUGGCAUGAUAUUGAGUCAUACCCAACACAAUUCCAAAAUGGUACCUGCAAUAACGCUUUAUAUACACUACUUCCAAACGGCACUGUUGAUGUUUUGAACACCCAAGUAAUUAAUCAAUCAUUGGACUCUAUCAAGGGAUCUGCUAGACUAGCAUCGAAUGAUUCCAGUGCUAAGCUAAUUGUAACAUUCCCAGCUGGAAACGGAUUUGUUGAAACACCUUACUGGGUACUAGGCACGGAUUACUACUCUUACGCCCUUGUAUACACAUGUGUCAAUUUAGAUGAUGAAAGACGUCUAGUGUGGUCUUGGAAACUAAGUAGAACAAAGCAAUUAUCACCCAACGCAUCAGCAGAAAUCGAUAGAAUAGUCAACAAUAUUCCAGUACUUAACGAACAAUAUUAUGUAAAGAGAGAUCAAACAAAAGAAGGCUGUUUUUACUACCCAGAGCCUCAACCGGGAAAAGUUGUAGAAUUACCAGGACAAUGUGAGAAUGUACAGGGUAUUUCUAACUUCAACAUGUCUUUGUUUGAAGGUGUAUGGCAUGAAAUAGAAGCAUAUCCUAAAGAACAACAGUCUGGACAAUGUAUCAGCCACGAUUACACAGUAACUUCAGCUAGGACUCUGAAUCUCUUCUCCAGUAAUGUUAUUGAUCAAGAACUUCGAGUAACUAACAGUACAGUAACAUUUGCUUCAAAUCAAGAAACUAAUGGAAACUUAAUAAUAACCCUUAAUUCUGGAGGACAAGUUGUCCAAAUACCAUACAUCGUUUUAAGCACCGACUACGAAAACUAUGCGUUAGCAUACAGCUGUGUUAAUUCGACGAAAGAUUUCCGAAAAGUUUUCAGCUGGAAGCUUAGCCGUAGCAAGUUUUUAAGCAAUGAAUCACUUGUCGCUAUUGACAAAGCUAUGGCCAACAUCACUGUAUUGGAAAAUCGAUAUUAUGAGAAUAUCAAUCAAACGGACAAUGCAUGCUUUUAUUUACCAAAACCAGAGCCUGGUAAACCAGUGACCUUUGUAGGACAAUGUGAUGAAAGCAUACCCGUUGUUAGUAACUUCGCAGCUGCCAGUUAUUUGGGACGUUGGCUCUUAAUAGAGACGUACCCAACAGUAAAUCAGAAGGGUGAAUGUAAUGAUGCCUUGUACAGCCUAAACAGUGAUAAUAGUACAGUAGACGUAUACAACACUGAAGUCCUUGACCAAGAACUCCUCACAAUCAAUGGAACAGCUGUCCUAGCAUACAACGACGGCAGUGCAAAACUCAAUGUAUCAUUUCCUACUACAACUGUACCAUCUCCGUAUUGGGUCCUGGACACGGAUUAUACUUCUUUCGCAUUGGUUUAUACCUGUCGUAACAAUGAAGACAACACUCGAACAGUAACAAGUUUCAAACUCAGCCGCAACAAUACUUUAAGUCCAGAAGCGAUUGCGAGAAUCAAUCAAAAAAUAAGUCAGAUCGAUGUUCUGGAUGACCGUUACUUUAACAAAGUUAACAGGACUGAUGAUGCUUGUUUCUAUUACCCCAACCCUGGACCAGAGUCGCCAAUCUUCAGAGGUCGUUGUGAUGAGAAUAUUAGUGUUGUCCAAAAUUUCAACGCUACAGCUUACCUUGGAGUUUGGUAUGACAUAUCAAGUUACCCAGUGAGAUUCCAAUAUGGCACGUGCCCGACUGCUACUUACGAGGCUUCGAGUGUUGGUGUGAAUGUUUUCAACACAGAAGUUGUUGACCAAAGACUUAGUACAAUUAGGGGAUCUGCAGUAAUUGACUCUAACGACGGUUCAGCAAAGUUGUUGGUCUCUUUCCCAAUAGCUGAACUUAAUGCAACAACCAAAUCACCAUAUUGGGUGUUAGCAACUGAUUACAACAAUUAUGCCUUAGUUUACUCUUGCUCUAAUGAAGGCGAAAACUCCAGAAGAGUGAGCAGCUGGCAGCUAAGUAGAAACAAGUUCUUAUCACAAGAAUCAUUAAAUGAAAUCAAUAACAAGAUAAACUCGGUACCAGUUCUUAAUGAAAUGUAUUAUAAUAGACGCGGACAUUCAGACGAAAAUUGCUUCUACUAUCCUGAAAACAACGGAGGACCUGUUGUACAGUUUGGCCAAUGCGCAAACAAUCUGAGUAUCGUCAAUAACUUCAAUAUUAGCUCUUUUGCAGGGUCGUGGUUCGAAAUAUCCCGAUUCCCAUCCGAACUGCAAAAUGGCGAAUGCGUGAACAGUAUCUUUGAGGUUAAUAACCAAAACAUAAGUAUGAGAAAGAGUAUGAUAUUCAACGAGAGAAUGAUCAACGUAUUUGGAAACGCUGUCGUUUCAUCGGAUGCAAUAAUAACUGUGAAUCUUACUAACGAAAAUGGAGACCGUUUCGCAACAAGAUUCCAAGUUCUAGAUGUCGAUUACAACGAUUUCGCCUUAUUGCAUAAUUGUAGGAACCUAAACUCCUCACACAAACAAGUUUACAGUUGGAAGCUCAGCAGAUCUAAAUCGGGCUUGUCGCCGGCUGCAAUAACUCGUAUCAAUCAACUCGUGUCUAACACUAGCGAACUUUUCGAAGACUAUUACGAUGUUACCGAUCAAACCUCCCGAGGCUGUUUCUAUUACCCUGACUUCCCACAGCCGCCUUCAUCAAUUAUACUUCCAGGGCCAUGCAAUGAAACGAUUCGGGCUAAGUCGAAUUUCAAUACAACAGCUUAUCUUGGCAAAUGGUACGAAAUUGCUAGUUAUCCUCAAGCAUUCCAAGAUGGCGAAUGCGCUCGUGCUCAAUACAGCGCUGGAAAUAACGUGGUUAACGUUUUAAAUACCCAAGUAAUUAACAGAACGCUUGACGUACAGACUGCAACCGCUGUUGUCGCUUCAAAUGACAACAGUGGACUUCUGAAUGUAACUUUUGUCUUAUCCAAUGGUGAUAUAAACGUUGUGAACUAUUACGUGCUUGAAACUGAUUACACGAGUUACUCGCUCGUUUACAGCUGUCGGAAUACAGACGACGGAAAUCGACAAGUGAGCAGUUGGAAACUCAGUCGUGAUAAAGUUUUACCAAACAAUUCCAUACCAAUCAUCGACAACAUAAUUAAGGACACCCAGGGUCUCAGAGAGGAAUACUAUCGAACAACUAGUCAAUCUGACGAAGACUGCUUUUAUAUUCCUGAGUUUGAUAGAACAAAAGCACCCGUGUUUAGAGGACAGUGUCAAAAUAUUACUGGAAUGCAAGGCUUCGAUGCUCAGAGGUAUCUGGGAUGGUGGCACGAGAUUCAAAGAUACCCCACAGAUAAUGACUCCGGAACUUGCAUCAGCUCUAACUUUAGAGCUAAUGGUAACCAGAUCCAAGUCACAGACACUAAUAUUUUCGGUACUUCAUCUCAAGUUGCCGUUAAUAAUGUUACAAUAAGCAACGAUGGCAGAAUUAGAAGGAUCUCAAGCAAUGGUAACAUUGAUGACAUUUGGGUACUAACAACUGAUUACCACAACUAUUCGCUAUUGUAUUCCUGUGAAAAUGUCAACAGUAGCUAUAAAAGGGUAUGGAGCGCAAAACAUAGUAAGGACCGUCAGCUAACACCAGAGGCCGAAUUAGCCAUGGCAUCACUUAUCAAUAACACCAAGGCCUUGGAACCACAGUUCUAUAUCCCCGUAAACCAAAGCGAUGAGGCCUGCUUCCACUAUCCAGAACAGAGCGGUGAUCAGAUUAUUCUUCCCGGACAGUGUGAUCCAAAUAUACCUGUUAUGCAAAACUUUGAUGCAGUGAAAUACACCGGAACAUGGUACCAAAUAGAAAAAUACCCUCAAAGGUUUGAAAAUGGCACCUGUAUCGGUGCGAGAUAUACUUUAGACGAGCAAACGGGAGUGGUAGAUGUUCUUAACUGGCAAGUCGUGAAUGGAACACUGGACACUAUAGAAGGCAAUGCCACUAUCAUCUCAACUGAUGGAAGCGCUAAGUUAAUUGUCAAUUUACCUAUACGUGGCCGUAAUGAAUCAGGCACGGUGUCUAUGGAACUCUAUGUAUUAACAACGGAUUACGUUACUUAUUCUCUGGCAUACAGUUGCGUUAAUAUCAACAAAUUUGAACGCUCUGUGGCCGCUUGGAAACUGAGUCGUACAAGAACAAUGAUAAACCAAUCAAACUCAGAAAUCAAUGCCUACAUGAACAGUCGAGAAGAACUCCACCAGCCCUACUUCGAAAGGGUUGAACAAAACGAUGAUUGUGAAGAACCUAAUUCGUCAUACUUAGCCAGAAGUAGUAUUAUUUUAAUCCUAGUUUGCAGUGUUCUGCGCUUUUUAUAUUAGAAUCAGAGUUUAAAAAUACUUCCUAAACAUCAAUUCCUUAUAAUUUUCUAAUCUAAAAUCCCUAUUAAUGUCUCAACUUUACAAAAAAACUGCCGUCAAAGACGAUAUCAAUGCAAAACAGUUCAUUAUAUAUGAUAUAACUUAUACACUGGUUAUAAUUUAUUACAACUAAUUUAAAUAAAUAGAAUAAAAUAGA